AUGAGCUCCUACCAAAACUUUACGAAAAAGCUCGAGGCGUUUAGAAAUAUGUUGUCGAAGCGCGGCGGAGAGCAGAGGGUUGAACCUCCUGGUCCUCAGGGAUCAGGGCGGAUCCCUCUGAGGAGGAAGAUCUGCUACGCCGUCGGAGGCGUCCCACAUCAGAUCACAUCUGCUGCCAUCGGGAUUUCACUGCAGAUUUUCCUGCUGGAUGUUGUACAGGUGAAAGCCUCCUCUGUAUCUUUGAUCCUGUUUCUCAGUCGGGUCUGGGACGCCGUGACUGACCCUCUGGUUGGAUUGGUGACCCGCAGUACCUGGACACCCAUCGGCAAACUCACACCAUGGUUGGUUGUUUCCACUCCGUUUGCCAUCCUGUCCUACGUGCUGCUGUGGUUUGUUCCUGCAGACUCCAUGUCGGAGGCCACCUGCGUCUUGUGGUUCCUCACAGCAGCCUGCCUGUUCGAGACGCUCAUGAAUUGCUACAACGUCCCCUACGUCUCGCUGAGCAUGUCCCUGGGAGGACGUCAGAGGGACAGAGACUCUGCCACUGCCUACAGAAUGGGCGUGGAGAUGACGGCGUUGCUGCUGGUGUCAGUGAUUCAGGGGAAAGUUGUGUCCAUGUUCAACGCUGAGAAGCAGGAGGCCUGUGAGCAUCUGGACCAGGUCCAUCAGACACCUCACAGCUCAUCCGCGCCGGAGACUGCCUCUCUGCAUGAAACGCGAAAGGCUUUCCUGACCUCAGCCGGGGUCACAGGUGGCUUGUUCCUCCUCUGCAGCCUGGUUCUGUUCUUCAGUGUGAGGGAGCAGCGGCACAAGUCAGUCCGACCCGAUGCUGAUGAACGAACCCGUCCGUCCUAUCUGAGCUCCCUCAAGAUGCUCAGCGUUCCGUAUCAGCGACUCGUUCUCGGCUUUGUUUUCAGUUUUCUUGCCUUUCAGAUGUGUUUGGGAAACUUUGCCUUGUUUUGCAGUCAUGCUGCCGGACUAGGAGCUCAUUUUCAGCUCCUCUUGCUGGUUCUCUUGAUUUCUGCUUCAGUAGCAGUUCCACUCUGGCAAUUUGUCCUUCUGAAAAUUGGAAAAAAGUCCACUCUUUCCAUUGGACUUUCCCUCUUCAUCCCAGCCGUGAUCACAGUUGCCUGCGUUCCCAGCAGCCUUCCGGUUUUCCUGACCAUGUGCAUCUUGAUGGCACUCACCGUGGUGACCGUGUUCCUGCUGCCUUGGUCAAUGCUUCCUGAUGUGAUUGACGACUUUGCUUUGAGACGUUUCUCGUUUAAAGACCAGGAGCCUCUGUUUUUCUCCGGUUUUGCUUUCUGCAGUAAGCUGGCUGGAGGGCUCUCUGUGGGACUGUCAACCAUGAUACUGGUUGCAGGUUACAAAGCAGGUUUGUGCAACCUUGGCGAUGAAGUAGAGACAGCUCUGGUUGUGCUGUUUUCUCCAGCUGCCAUCGCACUUCUGCUGAUUGGGAGGGGAAUCUUUCACAUCUACCCAGUCAACAAGAGGAAAGGCUUAGAGCUGAAACAGACCAAAGGGAGCUCUCAGAACCAGAACUGCCAACAAACUCUCAGCAGUCUCAUCCCGAUGACCCAAAACCAGACGGAUUUUACAACUGUGAUCCAUCACCGUGCCGGUUAUCCACCUCCUCAACUGAAGCAGGCAGCCUCCAUGGAAAAAACAGCAGGAACCUAUCACAAGUCAAUGCUCAGUGGCAAAAACCGAUGAGCCGUCCUGAUUGGUGCUCAGAGGGAAGUGAAGGUUUCCCUGGAAAUGAUGGUGGACAAUCACAUGUCCAAUCCAAGGUGUCCUGGGUGUAAAUGUGGUUCUGAAUGACCACUGAUUCGCCUCUUUUCUCUGUAAAAAUCUGUAUCACCAGCUGAUGAUUUAAGCUUUGUUUAAACUCCAUGUUGUUAUUUCAUGUCAGGGUGGAAUCUGAAAAAGUUCAAACAAUUUCAAAUUUAAUCUUUUCAGAUACAUUUUUGAUCUAUCUGGAAUCUCUCUUUCACUAAAGAAAUACACUAAAUCUUACCAAGUAUUUCUGAUCUAAUUUAGUUCACAUAUCUUGGCACAGUUAAAUAUAAACA